AAGCAACAACUGCCACAUUACAAGCCUCAACCUAUCUUGUACACUACAAAUGGAGUACUGGAAAACGCUGAUGGUUCGGCCGGAUCAAAACGUGGUCCAGCCGGAGCAGAAAGAGAGAGACGAUAGGUUAAAGCAAAUGAAAAGUCCCUAUGAAAGUGCCAUGGAGGAGAGAUGGGAAGACGUGACGAAAUACUUCGAGGGGAAUGCAGAAAAACUGCUCUAUAAUAUGACAGCGGAGGGGGACACUGCACUUCACCUUGCGGCUUCUCGCAGCAGCAAAUCACAAGGCACAGAAGUCCUCCAAAUGUUUAUCAAUAUACUCAGGAAUUCAACCAGCUAUGACGUGAGAUGCGCUCUGAGGCUUCCAAAUAGCUACGGAAACAAUACUCUCCAUGAGGUGAGUGUGUCUGGCAAUGAGAAAGCGGCAAAGUACUUGUUGAGCAACUUCAACGAUCCUGUUCUGGGAGAGGUAGUCACCAUCAGUAGUAGUACAGAUAAAGACUGCGAUAUGAAGCUGCGUGAGGUUCGGGAUUUAGAGAAUUCUAAGGUGCAGCUGCUGGAGACUCGGAACUAUUUAGGAGAAACUCCGCUCUUCAGGGCAGCUGCUCUCGGUCACGCUGACUUGGUCAAGUUUUAUGCCAGCAAACUGCCGGGGGACAAUCUUUGGAAGCACUUCCACAGAGAUGACAAAAAGUCCAUUCUUCAUAUGGCAGUCAUUGCACAACAUUUCGAGAUUGCUCUUUGGUUACUGGAUAAGUACCCAUAUCUAGCGUCCCUAAGGGAAGAUAAAAAUUUGACAAGCCUUCAGUUGCUAGCCCAAAUGCCAACUGCCUCUGUGCCACAUUUUGAAAAAAUCAAAUGGAAGAUGCUAAUUUAUAUUUGCCUUCCUGAUGGAGGAGAUGUGGUCACACCAAAUCAGAAGGAUGAUGUGGAGAGCAGCAUGGAUAGCAACCAUCCUCAUCAAUCCAUCUUUCGGAACAAGCUUGCAGUUGUUAUGAAGGCUUACUAUUCAUUAUUGGACUCCUUUGCUAAAGGAACUGGAGGCCCGCUUGGUGAGAUAAUCUACAUGAUAUGGAAGGAGAAGAAAAACAAAAAAUCACUGAAGAAACUCAUCGGAUUGCUCGUCCAGUUGGACGACCCUUAUUGGUUGAUUACUAACAAGAAUACAAAAAUCAGGACCAUUUCUCUAGGGACCAAAUCGGAUACGACAAAUGGUGAUGGCGGAGGUGACAAAACCAAAUCGGAUGGAUGUGAAAAAGAUAAGGAAGUAACCACAUUGAAAAAGGAGGCGAGGAAUGAAGUUUACAACACUACCCCAUUGCUUAUAGCAACUAUCACAGGAUUUUUACCCAUUGUGCAGGAGAUACUUGAACAGCGUCCUCAGGCAGUCGAGCAAGUUAACGAAAACGAACGCAACAUUUUGCAUCUGGCCAUUAAGCACCGUCAGAAAGAGAUCCUUGAUAUUAUUCAAAGCAAACCAACUCUGAUGUCGAAGCUGAAUAAGAGGAUAGACCACAAGGGAAACACCAUAUUGCACCAGGCUGCAGAUAGGACUUACUACUCUAUAGCAUUGUCUCAGAAAUUAAUAGGCCCUGCAAUGCAAUUGCAAGAAGAGCUGCGCUGGAUGCUGCAUAUAAAAGAGAUGCUACCCCCACAUUACAUCAUGCACCACAACGACAACGAUCAGACCGCGGAGGAGUUGUUCAACGCUGGGCACGACGAGCUUCUGAAGUCCGCACAAGAAUGGGUAAAAGAAACGGCUCAGUCAUGCUCAACCGUGGCGGUGCUAGUGGCCACUGUGGUCUUUGCAGCUGCCUACGCCAUUCCUGGGGGUUUUAACGACAAAAGUGGCCGUCCUGUUUUCCAAGACAAUCCUCUUUUUUUGCUUUUCACCUGCAUGGACGUUGUGGCCAUCGCCUCCUCAUUAUCUUCUGUGGCAUUCUUUCUCUCGGUCCUCUCCUCUCCUCUCGAGUACCCAUAUUUCGUUAAAAGCAUUCCUCACAAGGUUAUGCUAGGAUUCGUCUUGCUCUUCUUCUCCAUGGCAACCACCAUGCUCGCCUUUGCUGCCACUAUUUUGCUCUUGAUUCGCGUGAAGAAGAAAUGGACAAUGUCUCUACUUUACCCUAUUGCCUUUUUCCCAGUCCCUCUAUUCGGCCUGCUUCAGUUUCCCAUGUAUCAAUGCUUCAGAGUCAUGUUUCAGAAAAUUGAUGCCUGCUUUUUCAAACCCUUAGGCCGCAUUCUUGGCUUUCACAAGAAGAGAUCAAUUUGGGGCUAGAAUAAGGCGUAUUGAAUCACAAAACUUUUCGUCACAGCACAAUAUGCGUUGUAGAUUCACCAUCUUGCAACACCAGUAUUUAUUUAUUGUUCUCAUUUGUAUAUUUCGGAUUUUUCUUAUUUCCUCCUCUAUUUUGGCAAUGUUAUUGUCAAGUCUUGAUCCCGAGAUAUGUCCAGGAUCAACAUGUGAUGUCUCCACAUACCUUUUCUCCUUUCAUGCCCCGCCUUUGAGAUAUGAUCAAAACACAAAUCAUUGUGUCAAAGGUAUAGUAAUUUAGUUUUAUCAUAUGGCUACCUCUAACCUCUGUAUUAGACUACCUACGUACCCUAAGACGGGAUCAAGCCAUUCCUAGUUCACCAUUUCAAUAAACUCCUAUCACCACU